AAAAUAGGCUUGUAAUGCAAAUAUUUCAGGAUUUUCUGUGCACUUAUUUACUCAAUUAACCAUGUUGACUUCUUUUGUAACAUGAAAUAUGAUAAUUUAAAAAUAAAAUAAAAUAUCCCCCGGAUGAGAGUCAUUGAAUUUAUAAUAGUACAUAAUAGUAGGUUAAUACAUUGUAUGUGACAUAUAUUUGAAAUUCUUUCGGAAUAUCAGAAGUGCUUCAGACAAAUAUUUCAAUUAAAGAAGGAUUAUAAAAAGUAUCUUGUGCAAAAUAAAUAGGAUUGUCAAAAGUAUUUUGUGUUAUAAUAAAUUGGAAUAUAUUAAGCUAUAAUUCAUAUAUUAACUAAAAAGGUACUUCAUCAUUUUUUGAAAAGGUUUACAAAGAAAACCACUAAUGAGCUACACCAGUCAUAAUAUCGGGGGCACAAAUGGUUACGAUGCUGUUGAUGGAUUUCUAAAUAGUUACGAGAUAUCCGCCGCCAGAAUGCCACAACCAGGGGCUGAAGGAGAGACAGCAGAAUGUGUAACUGCGGCUGGAUUGGAUGCACCAGAUUGUUCAACGGAUGACUACACGAAAAGACUGUUACUAAAAAGUGAAAAGAUGCGAUUGAAAACUUAUGGCAAGUGGCCGAAGUCAGCACCGGUUAAACCUGAAGAACUAGCACGGGAAGGAUUUUACUACAUAGGACAGGAAGAUCAUGCUAAGUGCAUAUUUUGUAACUUGAUUCUUAAAAGUUGGGAGAAAGGUGACAGAGUGAGGAGCGAACAUGAAAAGUUCAAUAGCAUGUGUCCGUUUUUGGUUGAUCAAAAUGUUGGAAAUGUUCCGUUACAUACGGCUGGUGGAAGACGUUCAAGACAUUAUAGCGGACAGGCAAAGUUUCCUGAAUAUAGUAAACCAGCCGCGAGAGAAGAGACUUUUCGGAAGUGUUCACCCGGUGUGUUUCAAAUAAGCACCGACUUAUUGGUGGAGGCCGGUUUUUACUACACAGGCCCUGCUGACUGUGUGACCUGCUACCAUUGUGGAAUCCUGUUUCGACAAUGGGAGGCAGGAGACGUACCACUAGACCAACAUUUACAGUGGGCUCCGCAUUGCGAGUUUGCUGUGGUGGAGUCAGAGAAAAGAAACAGACGUGUUGAAGAAACACCAAUGGUGAAGAGAGUGUUAGAUAUGGGCUAUGAUCGGGACCUCGUUAAUUAUGCUGUCCGGCAGCGGAAAAGUUCACAUGGUGCAGAUUUUCGUGACCUUAACCAGCUUGUUGAUGCGGUGGAACAACUCCGCCUUCAACAGGCGACGGUCUACGGCCAUGCUGGUAGUUCUGCAUCAGGGCACGAGGAAUUUCUGUCGGGCAGUCAGUCUUCUGGUGCGUCAUCGUCAUUCGAGGUUGAACUUCGGAAAAUGCAAGACAAAUUACUGUGUAAAAUCUGCAUGGAGCGAGACGUUAACAUCGUGUUCAUGCCUUGUGGCCAUCUUGUAGCGUGUGAAACCUGCGGACAUAAACUCAAGAACUGCCCGAUGUGUAGAAAAUCAAUAAGAGGACAUGUUAAGACAUACAUGUCCUAAACUGUACUGUUAAUGUUUUAUAACAGGAUAUUUAUAUUGAAAUGAGUAAUUGUUUAAGAAAUAGUUCUUUUCUAGUCUACAUGUAGUUCUGUUUUGGGGUCAUUGAUCUAAGAACAACAAGACGAACAAUAAGCCCAAAUUCUUAAAUGACGACAUUGCUAAAGAUGUUGCAACAAAACGUAAUUUAAAAAAAAACAAAAAAAGUACCUAAAUAAAAAAUAUUGAAGUCCUUGAUAUUAGACUUUCGAACUAAAAAUCCAUAUAACCAAAAAACAAGUGCUUGGAAUCAUAAUUAUUUUACAAGACCUGCUAAAGAAUAUGAUUUCAAUCAAACCUGAAUGCAUUUAACCAGUGCAUGGUUGGUUGGUUUUGGCUUCUUUCGACCAAUGAAAUUUGAUUUAUAUACGGUACUAGUAAUAUAUGCAGGCUACAUUUGGUAGGUAUCUUUAUUUACCUUUGUAUUGUGGAUGUUCUUCCUCAACUUACUGCAUAUUGUCUUCAUUGCAAAUUUUGUGCAAUUUAUCACUUUUUGUGUCGCCUGCAUACCAUGUUGAUCGGCGGAAUUCCAGUCGUUGUCCGCAGAAUCACACCAACAUGGCCAUUCUCUAAAACAUCCAAUCUUUACAAAACUUGGCAGUAAUGCUUAUUUGCAAAAUAUCACACUUUAGGAACUUUCAAGUUACAUUUACACCCAUUGAAUUUUCAAAUUUUACUAAUGUGAGCUCCCAUCAAGAGUUUUUGCAGAAUUCUAGUUGAAUAAAAAGAAAUAUUUGGCUCUACCAUCUACAUCUAUAUAACUGUACCUAUUCCUUGAAUGUUCUUACGCAAGUAUUUUAUGCGAAACAUUUCAUAAAUAUUCAAAUUUGCUUGUUUUGUAAAAGAUGUUGUAUUAGCAUUUGUGAUAUUUCAUCUGUAUUGCUUGAUUGUAAUUGACAUCUAAAUUAAUUAAUAAUGAAAACAAUGGGACAUUGUGCAAAUUUUGAUUCUGGCCCUUUUCAAUGCAUUUUUGAAGCGAGACCUUACGGCCAUAAUUUUGCUAUUUUAUCUGUAAUUUCUUUGAAAUGGGAAUGUGAUUUCCAGGAACAACUUCUCAAAAUUAGAAAUUCUGUACAAUUUAAGAAAUUUAUUGUUUUGACAGAAGGGGCGGAAUAUCUUGUUUGGGUGCUGAGAAAAACGCCAAUACAUUUGUAUAAACAUAUACAUGUAGUGUAUACAUAAAUGACGCAUUGUGACAUUAACUUGUACAAAAACUAUUACAAAGAAUAGACACAGAAUGUUACAAAUCACAAAUUUAUUUACAUAUCAUAUCUAGUUAUGUGCCAUAUUCAUAAAUUUUCACAUUUUCAGUUUAUAUGCAUAGUGGGCAUUGUGAUUUUUUUAAUUAUGUAAAAUUCUAUACACCAUAUAAACAUCAUUUUUUAACCACUUCUGACCAAUAUUACCAUCUUUUCCUGAAUGUUUGUUUUGGGAAAAAAAAUGUUAAGGUAUUGUCAAUGCUUGGUGUUGUUCGUAUGCAAAAACGUUAUUGUUCAUCGUAAUGUAAAAACCACUUGCGAUAUUUACAUGAAACUUGGUAUGCUUGUUCAUGAUGGCAAUACGCGAAGGAUUAGCAAGUCCCGUAACAAGUCCAAUAGCCUAAAAUCUAAUGACCCUGUAAAGAGCUAACAUACUCAUAUUGUCCAAAUACCAGGGCGUUUUCAAUUUCUUAGCAGAGGCUGAAAUUUGGCUACUUCCCAAUUGAACAAAAAAAAAAAAAAAUCCCAAUUUAUACACACUUGUUUCCCAAAAUUUCUCAUCAAAUUUUUUCGUCAAAAUGUGAAAUUGUUGUUUGUGCUGAUUAAAGUUUGUUUCUAAUUGUAUUUUCUUAUUUUAUUACUUUAAUAAGUGAGUUUGAAGUGUUUAGGCUAAACACUGAUGAAUUUUCCAAAUAUGGGAAGUGUUUAAGUGUUAAAAUUUCCCUAAGUGAAAAGGCCAGAAGGGCAUUUCAAUAAUGAUCUUCAGGCCUCAAGUGGAAAUUAUCCAAGUGUCAUAGUUUCAUUAAUUUGCUUUAUAUUCGUGUGAAUUAAACUUUACCUAUGGUAGAUUAGCCAACUUUAAAAUUAACACAAAUUUGAAUGAAUAUUUUUUUUAGAUGUAUUGCCAUUUAUGACAUUUAGACAGAGUUAAGAUUAUUGGUGUUAUGACUAAAAUCCUUGAUUAAAACGGGCCACUGGCCUCUUCACAUUUUUUGCUGAAAAAGCUCUGUAUACAACAUUAAACUUAUCUUUAAACAGGGUUAUUUUUGCUAAGAAGUUUAAGGAAUAUAUAUGCAGAUACAUGUAUGGUGAUGAUUUAUAUACUCCCGGUUAAAGAAUUUUUAUAUCUAUUUAUGUAUUUAAACUAGGGUACAUUUUAAACAGCCUUUGUUAUCAUGUUGAUUUUUGUUAAGGGAAACUCUUUUGAAGUAUGCAUGGUUAUGUUUUUAAUUGAGAUGAUGUUUAUUGCCUUGUUUCUAUUUUGGUAUUUUAUGAACUUGUCCGUUUUCAAAGAAAAAAAUUGAGGUAUUGUCAUAGCCUUUGUGUCGCCAUCAUCGGCGUUGUAGUUGAUAAAAACUUUUAAACAUUGGUCAUAAGAAAAUUGUUCAAGUUAUUCAAUUGAAGCUUGGUACACAUGUUGCCAGAGGCAAUACACUCAUGUACAGCCAGGGAUGUUAUUUGUCCGCGGAUUCGCGGAAUUCCGCGGAUCUAAUGGCCCCAGGGACCCCCCCCACAAAAAAAAUAAAAUAUAUAUAUAUAUAUUUUUUUUUUAUUAUUUUUAGCUGAUUAAAAAGAUACUAGUGUGCUUUUGGUUGUUAGAGUUGAUAUUCCAGUUUGAUUCAAAUUUAAAGUCAAAAGAGCUUCUAAAAAGCCAGUUUUUCUUCUACGGCAAUGUGCUUUCGAACCCAAAAGUGCCCCAAGAACCCAUGGCCGAAAUGGUUUCAGCCCUCCAGCUGCCAGGUCAAUCACAUCCCUGACAGUUUCAGCCCUCCAGCUGCCAGGUCAAUCACAUCCCUGACAGCAAGACCCAUAACUCUAGCUUUAAUCAUUUUUGAGAUAUGUCCCUUUUUCAAACGGAAAAAAACCGGAUGAGUUUUGAUUUGCCGUGUUGCUAUUAUUUUAAUGUACAUUUUUAUAUAUGCGGGUUAUGAUACACUUGUCUCCUAUGAAUAUUUAGUCUAUUUUAAUUGUGCAUUUUACUUUGUAAACCAUUUAUAGUCCAAACUAAAUAAAAGUUUCAUUGUACGAAUUUAUCGUACUGUUCUUAAAAAUAAUAAUAAAAAAAAUAUCAAAAAAAAUUAUCUUGCUAAGGCAUAUUGCAUGAAGCAAUGCAAAAAAAUUGUCUCUGACAAUUUCAAGGAGACUAAAACAGUUAUAUAAAAUGUAGGCUCUUGACAAAUUUUGUAAAAAUAACAUGAAGAAGAAAGAAUAAGUUAUAAUUAUUAAGGAGUAUCAGUCUGAAUGUUAACUUCUGUUGUAAAAAUGAUUCACCUGCUCCUGUUUUUGGAAUGGAAACUGUUAUAGUUUUAUUUCAUACACUCUUUCACUCUGUGUUUUUUUGGCCGAAAUCUGUAAAACAACCAAUUUUAUUAUUGUGGCCAGACAUGUACAUGUAUUUGAAUUAUUGUUACAAAAAUGAAUAAGAAAUGUGUAUAUUUGUAUUUUGUUAGUUAUAUUUUGUUAGAAAUUACACUUCACAUGUUUUAAAAUUAAGUAUUUUAAUGUGUUUAAAACUUCAUUUUGUGCAUGUUUGUGUAUAGAUAUUUAUUUACAUUUUGCAUACCUAUAUAUGUAGAAAUUUAUGAGCAUCAUAUUUUAUGUAAGAAAUUACUAGAUGUUUUUACAAUAUAUAUAUAUAUAUAUAUAUAUUUAAGGAGUAUUAAUUGUAAGGUCCAGAAAGGUUUCUUAUCCUCGGUCUAAACGUAUUUUAGACCAUUUUUAUAUUAUUGAAAACUAUGGCUUUUAUUAACAGUGAAUGGUUUCAUAAUUCAUUUAGUUAUAUUUUCAUUUAUCUAUUACUUUGUAUAGGUGAAACUUGACGUUUAUAUUUUAUAACACACAAGGAAUUAUGACAUCAUUUUUUUUGCGCUCGGAUUGGAUUAGUGCUAUGUCAUUUAACCAAUGAGAGCUAAUGGUAUGCUU